CCGAAUCUCAUCUAAACAGAGACCGGGCGUGGCGCGGCUGGUUAGCGCGCCACACUCGCAUUAGUUAGAAACCCCGACCUGUCAACCUUUUAUCCGCAACUAGCAGAGCCUUGAAUUCUCCCACUCCGCCGUCGACGAUCACCAACCAGGCUUUCUCCGCUAUCAACAGUCGGGAAGAACACGACGAAUCCAAGUUAUUGUCUUUUGAUCAAGCGACCGUACCGGACUUAGCAGUGCUGUGACUUGAUCACGAUGGAGUCUCCAGCUGAGAGUCCGCAGGCAAACAACCAUGACGACACACUCAAGUUUAUCAACUUCAACCAGGAUUUUAGCUGCAUAUCGGUCGGUACGAAUCGGGGAUAUAAAAUUUACAACUGUGAUCCGUUUGGGAAAUGUUUCAUAAAAUCCGACGGAGGAAUAGCUAUCGUCGAGAUGCUAUUUUGCACGUCCCUUGUUGCGCUCGUGGGUAUUGGCGAUCAACCCACGCUUUCUCCACGACGAUUGCACCUCACAAACACCAAGAGGCAAUCAACUAUUUGCGAGCUCACGUUCCCCACAUCCGUUUUGGCAGUCAAACUAAACCGGCGUCGAUUGAUUGUGGUUCUGGAAGAGCAAAUCUACGUAUACGAUAUCAGCAAUAUGAAGUUGCUACAUACAAUCGAAACCUCUCCAAAUCCAAACGCUAUCUGCGCCCUUUCUCCUUCUUCUGAUAACUGCUAUAUUGCAUAUCCAUCGCCAACCUCAAACAACCCUCAAGUCCCUCAGCCGAGUGGAUCAUACCCACCGUCUAAUCAAGUUCCGUCUUUUGUCCAAGGAUCGGGUGAUGUGCUGAUAUAUGACGCUUUGGCGCUUCAGCCCGUCAAUGUGAUUGAAGCCCACAAGUCGCCUCUGUCUUGCAUCGCGUUAAACCAAGAAGGAACGAUGAUGGCGACUGCGUCGGAUAAGGGAACGAUCGUGCGGGUGUUUUCUGUACCAAGCGGGGCAAAGCUGUUCCAGUUCCGGAGAGGAUCAUAUCCCUCAAAGAUCUACUCGAUUACAUUCAAUAUCACCUCGACGCUCCUUUGCGUCAGCUCCGCCACGGACACUGUCCAUAUUUUCAAAAUCGCGGAUAUGGAAGACGAAACGGAUCCUGUGAGCGGCGAGGAGCGACGGAAAAGCUUCUCUUCGGACUCGGGAUCACCUCCGGGAAUGAACGGCGGAAUAUUUGACGCCAUGAUGGACGGGAAGGCUAGGAAUGGUGCCAUGAGAAACUUGAUUCGUCGCUCGUCUCAAACUCUCGGAAGAAGUAUGGCAGGAAGAGUUGGCGGCUACCUUCCGACGGCAGUGACUGAGAUGUGGGAGCCUCAGCGAGACUUUGCUUACGUCAAGCUACCUCAGAGAGGUAUCAAGAGCGUGGUUGCGAUCAGUGCAACCUCUCCGCACGUUAUAAUAGUAACUUCUGAGGGAUAUUUCUAUCAGUAUACCAUCGAUCUCGAGAAAGGAGGCUUCUUGAUACUGGUGAUGAGAGCAUACCUUCAGCGGAGACAGAGACAGAGCUACCUGAAUGAUUGCUGAGAUGGUAGCUGCAUUCUUCCAGAGCACGGGAACUGAUUCAUAACUACUUAUAAUCGCAUUUGGAGUCACUCAGUGCUUCUAACUCUUCACCCGCUCCUCUUCUCCUUAUU